AUGUUUUUUGUUUCUCCAACAACCGGUCCAAACAACUGGUCCAAUAUUUUCUCUCCCGCCCCAUCUCCUGUUAGUACGGGCCACCAAAUUCUUUUAGCGAUUGGAUGAGCCGGGCCCCACCUCGUCCCCCGGCGUAAAUAUCCGUCAAUUCCCCUCCCUGCCCCUAGAGGGCCCCACCUCCUCACCACCGGGCGGAACCGCAAUUAACGGCCGACCCGGGGGGCCAAAUCGUCAAAAGAGAAAAGAAAAAAAGGAACCCAAUCCCAGUCCGCCUCGUCAUCGUCGGAAAGAAAACUACUACUCCUCCUCCUCUUUAUUUUAUGGGCAGUUGGGGAAGGAAGGGAAAAAAAACAGUACUACACCAAACAGAAAGAAACAUACGACACCCAUCAGCUUUCUUGUAGCUCCUUCUUCUCCAUCUUCACCUCCGCGAUGGUUCGUACUUCUCCGAAGCGAAGCCGAUCCCUCUUUUAAGGCGAACGCGCACGCUCUCUUUCUCUCUCUAUCUCUAAGAGCUUUCUCCUUCUCCUUCUUCUGCUUCUUCUGCUUCUGGGUCGAGACCUGUGUGUGAAGAGCUUGUGAAGAGAGAGAGAGAGAGAGAGAGGGAGGAGGGAAGGAAGGGAGGGGAAAAGAUGAUGCACAUGACGUUUUACUGGAGCAAGGAGGUGACCCUCCUGGUGGAGUCGUGGCAGACCACCACCUGGACCAGCUACGCCUUCACCCUCCUCGCCUGCUUCCUCGCCUCCGCCUUCUACCAGUUCAUGGAGCACAGCCGCGUCCGCCUCAAGCUCUCCUCCUCCUCCUCCUCCUCCGCCUCCGCCUCCGCCCCCGCCGAGGCCGCCAAGCCCUCCUCCGCCGCCCCUGAGGACCCGCUCGCGACGCCGUUCCUCGGCUCGAAGUUGUCGGCGUCGUCGGCGGGCGGGGGGAAGGGGUGGACGGUGGCCCGGGUGGGAGGGGCGGUGCUGUUCGGGCUGAACGCGGCGGUCGGGUACGUGCUGAUGCUGGCGGUGAUGUCGUUCAACGGCGGGGUGUUCCUGAGCGUGGUGUGCGGGCUCGGGGUCGGGUACCUGGUGUUCCGGAGCGGGACCGACGAGGCCGUGACGGUGACGGCCGUCGCCGACAACCCAUGCGCAUGCGCCUAGGCUUUUAGCUCUUCUUAUUUUAUAAUUUAGCAUCACCCAUGUAAAUCACGAAGACGAUGAAUCGGAAGAGGUCCCUUCUCUCUCUCUCUGUUUUUCCUUUUCUUUUUCUGUUUUUUUUUUUUAACUUCUGUGAUCAAGGUCGGAUGACUCGGAUCUUCCGAUGAGGGUCUGUCUUCGUGGCAAUUUGUGAAGUGUUCUGGGGCUCUGCCUGAAAAGCGAAACGAGGUUUUUCAACCGAAA